UAAGCGUUCCUUUCAGCUACUACUAAGAAAUGGCCGAAGUAAUCCUCUUUGGUCUUGCACAGAAAAUGAUUGAAAAUCUGGGCUCUCAGACUUUCCAAGAGAUUGGAUCACUCUGGGGUGUCGAAGGUGAGCUUGAAAAAAUCAAGGCGACUGUUUCCACAAUCCAAGCUGUACUUCAGGAUGCAGCGGAGCAGCGAAGUCAUAACAAUCAAGUCAAGCACUGGCUCGAAAAGCUCAACGAUGCAGUUUAUGACGCAGAUGACUUGUUGAGUGAGUUCUCAACUGAAGCUACAAGGCGAAGCAUGGUGAGUGGGAAUAAACUCACAAAAGAGGUACGCACUUUCUUUUCAAAGUCAAACCAACUAGCUUUUCGUGGUAAGAUGAGUCGUAAAAUAAAGGCAAUGAGGCAAAAGCUAAAUGCAAUAGCAGAAGUCAGGGAAAAGUUUCACCUGAAAGAAUACCAUGUAGAGCCUAAAGUAGUGAGGGAACCAACUCACUCAUUUGUACGUGAAGAAGAAGUUAUUGGGAGGGAAGAGGAAAAAAAGGCUAUCAUAGAACUAUUAUUGGACUCUAAUGUAGAAGAGAAUGUUUCGGUUAUUCCCAUUGUGGGGAUAGGGGGAUUAGGGAAAACUACUCUUGCUCAAUGUGUGUACAAUGAUGAGAAAGUCAAAAAUAAUUUUGAGUUAAAAAUGUGGGUAUGUGUUUCUGAUGUCUUUGAGUUGAAAAGUAUUAUUGAAAAGAUAAUUAUAUCUGCUAUAGGUGAUGCACCUAGAAAUCUUGAAAUGGAUCAAUUGCAAAUUAAACUUCGUGAAAAAAUUGAUAGAAAGAAAUACUUACUUGUGUUGGAUGAUAUAUGGAAUGAAGAUCGUGAAAAAUGGCUUAACUUGAAGAAUAUUUUAAUGGGUGGUUUGAAAGGAAGUAAGAUUGUAAUAACCACUCGUAGUAAAUUGGUUGCAAAGAUUACACACACAGAUUCACCAUAUAUUAAUCUCAAAGGUCUCUCCAUAGAGCAGUCUUGGUUUUUAUUUGAGAAAGUGGCAUUUAGCAAAGGGCAAGUGACCAAUAAUCCUACACUGAGGGAAAUUGGAUCGGAGAUUGUAAAAAUAUGUCAAGGUGUACCCCUUGCCAUAAAGUCCAUAGGACAUGUGUUAUACUGUAAGGAAACAGAAUCUGAGUGGUUAUUUGUAAAGAAUAAUUUACUAGAAAAUGUAACUCUAGGGAAUGAGAUUUUACCUAUUUUAAAGUUGAGUUAUGAUAAUCUCCCAUCACAUUUAAAGAGUUGUUUUGCUUAUUGCUCUUUGUUUCCCAAAGAUUAUGAGAUGGACAAGGAAACAGUGAUACAACUAUGGAUAGCACAAGGGUUUAUCCAAUCAUCAAACAAAAAUCAACAAUUAGAGGAUGUUGGUGAUGAGUAUUUCAAGGAUUUACUUUGGAGGUCCUUCUUUGAAGAAGUAGGGACUUACAAAGGCUUAAGAUACAAGAUGCAUGAUUUAAUUCAUGAUCUUGCGGAAGCUAUUGCAGGCGAGGAGUGCAGGCUCAUUAAUAUUGAUGGAAAAAAUAUUAAUGAAAAAAAUCGUCAUGUAUCAUGUCCAUUUUCUAUUGACUCAUCUUUUACUGAAACUUUAAGGUUGUUGGUUAAAGCAGUCAAGGUACAUACAUUUCUUCUAACAUAUAAUGAGCAUAAAUCUGGUGGCUUGGAUGAGUCAAUGUUGAAAACAAUUAUUUUGAGUUUCAAGAGCUUGCGUGCGUUAGAUUUACAUGCACUGAACAUUAAAUCAAUACCAAAUUCUAUAGGGAAGUUAAUACAUCUAAAGUAUCUUGAUGUAUCUUUUAAUUGGAAUAUUGAAACUCUCCCUGAUUCAAUUACUACAUUGUUGAAUUUGCAAGUACUAAAACUUUAUGAUUGUAGAGGUCUUAAAGAAUUACCCAAAAAGUUUAGAGAAUUGGUUAACCUCAAACAUCUUUAUAAUCAUGGUUGUUAUAAUUUGAGCCAUAUGCCUUGUGGAUUAGGGCAAAUGACUUCACUUCAAACAUUAUCAUUAUUCAUUGUGAGCACCUCUUCCCACACUGGUGGAUUAGGCGAAUUGAAGGAGCUAAACAACCUGAGAGGAACAUUAGAGAUCUCACAUUUGGAACGGUUGGAAGAAACUAACUCAGAAUCCAUUGUUGUGAAUUUAAGGGAGAAGCAACAUCUUGAAAAAUUGAUAUUAAAAUGGGAUCAUCAAGAUCAAGUAGAUAAUAAUGAAGAUGAGAAGUUAUUAGAAGACCCCCAACCACACGAAAAUCUCAAAUAUUUGGAAGUGUAUCAGUAUAAGGGUGUGAAAUUUUCAAGUUGGAUCUCUUCUCUCAUAAAUCUUGUUGAUUUAAGGAUAGAGAGUUGUAAGAGAUGCCGAUAUUUGCCACCAUUGUCUCAUCUCCCCUCUUUAAAAUCUCUAAGCCUUGAUACGAUGAAUGAUUUGGAGUACAUAUCCGACAAAGAUAUGAGUAAAGAGGUGCUUGCUUCAUCCGCAACAUUAUCAACAACGUUCUUCCCAUCUCUGAAGUCACUCGCAAUAGAGACAUGUCCUAAUUUGAAGGGAUGGUGGGGGAGAACAGGGAGGGAUUUAGUUGCAACAACAUCUGCGUCAACACCAGAUCAUCAACAAGAUCAGUCUCACAACUCACUGCCUUUAUUUCCUCUUCUUUCUUAUUUGCGGAUUAUUAAUUGCCCUGAAAUGACUUCCAUGCCCCUGUUUCCCAAUCUCGAAGAAUCUCUAUAUUUAAAGAAUGUCAGUUUGAGGCCUUUGCAAGAGACAAUGUCAGUUUCCUCCUCUUCAUUAUCCUCUUCUUCUCCUCUCUCCAAAUUAAAUUAUAUGACUUUGUUUUCUAUAGAAGAUAUAGAGUCUCUUCCGGCUGAGUGGGCACUAUAUUCUCUCAAGCAACUAUAUAUUGUGAAUUGCCCUAGACUAACAUCUAUGUCUGGAGCGGUGCGUAAUCUCACCUCCCUCUGUGUGCUAUCAAUUGUCGAUUGCGAGGAGUUCGAUCCAUUCAGAGACAUGCAUGAUGAUGGCAUGGAAUGGCGAUGCCUCAAUUGUCUCCGUGAUUUAUGGUUCAUAAGCAUUCCGAAACUGAAGUCUCUCCCUGUGGGUCUUCAAUGUAUUUCCACCCUAAAAGAGCUCCGCAUUUCAAACUGUCCAAAUUUAAUGACUUUGCCGGAACUCACCUCACUUGAAUAUCUUGGGAUUGAAAGAUGCGAGCCUAAUUUGACAUCACUUCUUGAGAUUAGUUGUCUCACUUCUUUACAGUCGCUGGGAAUUGUUGACUUUCCCAAUUUGAUUACUCUCCCUGAAUCAAUUAGGAAUCUAAUCUCACUUGAAACACUUUUCAUUCAGUCCUGUCCCAAUCUCACAACACUACCUGAUGAUGGUUUUAUCAAGUCUUUACGAAAACUGCUAAUUAUUAAUUGUCCUCAGUUAGCUGAAAAAUACAAAAAUAAAAUCGAUAAGGAUUUCCCUAAUUUGGAAAUCGAAUGGCGUUGAGACCACAACAGUAAACGGCUCUACUUCAUCUUUAGCAACAGUUGCUCCCGUCUUUCACUUGCUUCGUGGAGAUAAUUAUCUGAAGAAUUUGAAUAAGUUUCUGGGGCAAUAUGGUCAUGGGAUAAAUCACUUGGAUAGUUUCAAGAUUUGGGAAGUUGAUGCAGCUAAGAAUGAAUUGGAAACACAGAAUGAAAGGAGGUGUAUGUAUCUGGGCACAUUCAGAACCAUAUGAAAAAGUGCAACAAGUCUACAGCUAAGGCGAAGUACACUCGGGAAGGUAGUAUUCAAUUUCAAGCCCUUAAUCUUCAAAAAAACUACACUCUCUUGUUGAUUGAUGGUCAGGGGAAGCAUUGGGAACCCCAAUUUCUUUCUUCGGAGCCCUUUCUUUCCUGCCCCCUGCCCUGGCAUAGUGCUUUGCUUCCGAUUCUUCUCAAAAAUCAAUUGACUUUCACCCAUGUCAUAUAUUCCAUACAUCACACUAAAUAGAUUGAAGUCUGGCACUUGUUGAUAUUUUGAUAACAUAUGGUGAGAGAUCAUUAUUUGGCAACCACCAUCUAGGAAGUGGUUUUAUAUUCAGGUAUUUAUUAUUUUGUUUGCUUCAGUUCUUUAUUAUUACUACCUAUUUAUAUCAACAAACAAAAUAUCCAGAUAUGCUUUUUGGGGUUCUUACAUAAUUGCUGGUUUUUGUUCACUGUACAAUGAUAACUUAGUUUAGAUUAAAGUAUGGCUUCUGAUUUUGAGUUUAGACAUGCAGAAGUGCUGAGAUAGAUUUUACUUUAUGCACAAUAUUUGGAUAAAAAGUUAGGAUCAAUAAAAUAAAAAUUUAGAUUUAUACAUAACAUAGUUUGUCAUUUGAAAGAGGAGAAAUAAAAAAUCAAUUGAAUUCUCACAUCGAAUGUGUAGUCCUUUAUUUGUAAACCAAACUGAUAUGAAACAUAAUAUUAGAAACUUUGUUUUAUGUUUUUUUCCUCACUUUUUUGGAAUGAUUCCAGGCAAAAAUUAGCAGGAAAUGGUCCAAGACUGCUCGAAUCCUUAAUUGAAUGUAUUUUAGAAGGAUGUUCUGGUCAAAUAUUACUACAAGUCCAUUCAUCUACUUUAAAUUAAGUUUUCUUUGUUGAUAAAACGCCACUACUUUCCUACAUUCAUGCAUCUCCUUUCUAAGUUCUCUUUAAAUUUUCCAAAUACUGGCUCACUUCAUUUUUCCUUUCUGUUUCAGGUUUAGUGAAUUUAUUAGUUAUUGAAUUCUAUAUGUAGGAACUUUGAAUUUCGAAACAGACAGUUUUUAGUGAAUCUACUGCAACUACAAGAAGAUAAAGUGGCUGAAUCGGAUGAAGACUGUAGCUUGGUGUUAGCAACAAGAUUACUACCUAUCUUCUGUUAAAGUUCAAUUUCAGGGUGAUGGGUUCUUGGACUUUUUAGCAACCCUCUGUCAAACCUAAGCUUAUUGCAAACGUUUAUCUUUGUGUAAUUUUUUCAAUAACAUAACAAGCUUGUGAGGAAUGUCUUUUUUUUUUUUAAUGCUUUUCAAAUUGUAACUCUUUUACCUAUAUACCUUUUUUUUUUUUUGGUUUGAGGGAGUCUUUUACCUAUAUACCUAACAGUACUUUAAAGCAUCCAUGUGAACUUAAUUACAAGAACUAUCAUGAGACAUAUUUCAUAGGGAUUAAGAAUCUAGCAAAUGCUAGUUAUCUAGAAGAAUCAGAUAAUCUGAAGAAAUUUUUGUGGAAAUCUGAUUGAAGGGAUGUAUCGCUUGGAUAGUUUCAUGAUUUGAAAAGCUGAUGUAUCUAAGUUCUUGAGGUUGAAAAUGGAGUAUUUGAGGUACACUCUACCUAGGCUGACACUCAUCUAGGAGGCAAUGAUUUUGAUAUGGUUGAAACAAGAGAAAUAGACAAUAGUUGAUUGGCUUACUGAAAAAUUUAAGAAAGAUGAAGGUAUAGAUCCUCUGAACGACAAGCAAGCUCUUCGUCUCACAGAGAUUGCUGAGAAAGCGAAGAUGGAGCUGUCAUCUCUACUCAGAUCAAUACUAGUUUUCCUUUCAUCAUUGCCAUUGUGGAUGGCUCAAAACACAUUGACACCACCCUGAGAAGUGUCAAAUUUGAAGAAAUGUGCUCAGAUUUGUUAGACCAUCUACUUGCCUCACUGGAUUACAACUGCAAUUGACAUUCUCAUAGGCUUUGAGCACCAUUUGAAACUUACGUGAGAGAUGCAAAGCUUUCCUUCAAAGAUAUAGAUGAAGUUGUUGUUCUUGGUGCUGUUGUCAGAAGGACUUGAAACUUUGGGGGGGGGGGGAUGCAAUGAUAGAGAUUAUCCCAAGGAACGCAACUUCACCAACUUCCAAAUCAGAGGUGUCUCCACCACAGAAGAUGGACAGACCAGUGAAGGGAUUAAAGUCUAUCAGGGUGAGAAAGAGUUCUUUAUCCAUCUAAAAAACGGAUGAGAGAGAGUUCAUGAAGGCCAACAAAUCCCUUGAAAGCUUUUGCUUAGAUGCCAAAACCAGUGCUAGCACCAUGCCAAGUGAUGAGUUCUUAAGGUUGGAGAUGGAGUAUUUGAGGUACAUCCUACCUUGGCUGACACUCAUCUUGGAAGCGAUGAUAUCGACAAAGUUGAAACAAGAGAAAUAAGUAGAUCUUUAGCUUAUAUUCUUUGUUUUCUGAUUUAUAGUUAGUUGUUACUAAAUUACACCUUGUGUUCUAUAAUUUUUAAUAGAGAAUAGUUUAUUGGCAUGCUGAAAACGUUAAGAAAGAUGAAGCCAUAGAACUUCUGAACGACAGGCAUGCUCUACAACAUCUCAUAGAUGGAGCUGUCAUCUUUAACUCAGACCAAUAUUAGGUAUAUGGCUAUUUCUAUGCCAUCUUUCUUUAAGUUGAUAUAUCUCACUUUCCCAUAGCCACAGAGAAAAAACAUUUGCUUUUCCAGUUUACAUUUCUUUCAUCACCAUUGCAGAUGGCCCAAAACACAUUGAUACCUCCUUGACUAGUGUCAAAUUUGAAUAACUGUGUUCAGAUUUGUUAGAUAGGUAUCGCACCAUGCAUGUUCAGAAAUAGAAUAACUCUCUUAUGUAAUAUCAUCACUGCAUUUUUUUUUUUUUUUUAUGUCCAUCACUUCAAUUUUCUUUCUUUUGAUUUUGAACUCUGUUUUCUGUCAUCUAGUAGUCUAAUUGCCUGCUUAAGUUCACUGGAUUACAACUCAUAGGCUUUGAGCACCAGUUGAAACUUCCUUGGGAGAUGCAAAGCUUUCCUUGGGGCUAGAAGAUAUGGAUGAAGUUCUUCUUCUUGGGGCUGUAGUUCAAACUGGUGUUUUUUAGCCCGAGAAGUUAAUGACACUGUGCUUUUGGAUGUCUCACCAUAGGACUUGAAACUUUGGGUGGUGUCAACUUCACCAACUUCCAAAUCAGAGGUGUUCUCCACCGCAACAGAUGAACAGACCAGUGAAAAGAUCAAUGUCUAGCUAUCAGGUUAAGAGUUCGUGAGGGAUAGCAAUUCCCUUGGAAGCUUUUGCUUAGACACCAAAACCGGUGCUAGCACCAUGCCAAGUGAUGAGGUGGAUAGUAUUGUUAAAGAAGCUUAAAAUUUUGCAAAAAUGAAGACAAGGAAAAGAGAGAUGCCAUAGACAAAAAGAACCAAGCUGACUCAGUUUUGUACCAAACUAGAAGCAACUAAAAGAGUUGGGAGACAAUGUUCCUAGCUAGACAAGGAGAAUGUAGAGGCUAAAGUGAAUGAUGUCAAGGAUGCCAUAUCUGGUGGAUCUACCCAAGCCAUUAUGUAACUGGGGUAGUCAAUGUUGAUGUGAGUCAUGUGACUUUGAAUUGGAUUGUCUGUUAGCUUUUUUCGGAUUGGCCUCUUUGCAUGGACGGCAGCUAUUGUUUACCCUUGAAUUAUGUUAGAGUUGAGAGAGAGAGAUCUUUGAUAUAAAGUUAUUUGGGUGUAUUGGGGUUUGGGUUUGUGCGAGUGCUUUUACACCACCUUUGUACUCUUCAUAUUUGUUAGUGAAACUUUCUCCUUGUCUCCA